AUGAUCAAUUCAGUCCUAUCUGCAAUACCUAUAUCUAGCAUGUCAUGUUUCAAAAUGUUGUUUGCGGCUGGAAAAAGUCUGAACAAUCUAUUAAAGAAAUUCAUGUGGGCUGGAGCCAAAGACAACAGGAAAAUUCCACUGAUCAAUUGGGACACUUUAUGCCUGGUUAAGGAAGAUGGUGGUGUUGGUCUUAGAAAAAUGGAAGUACAAAAUUAUGCUCUUGGUGCGAAGCUAGCUUGGAAAAUGUGUAAGGAACCUCAUAAAUUGUGGUACAGAUUGUUCCAAAGGAAGUAUCUUGAUUCAGAUGACACUAACAGAAUCCUCACAAUGGCUAACUCGAAGAGAGGGUCGGCAACCUGGAAUUUCUUAUGGGAUAGUAGACACAUUAUCACAGAUCAUAUCUCAUGGCAAAUUGGUAAUGGUUGCAUCGCGCUAUUUUGGAGGGAGUCCUGGGAUGGGUUUCCUGUAUUGGCAAAUUCAUUUGAAGACAAGGGAUGGGUGGACAUGGUGGAAAAUUGUAUAGGACAACAUGUGUGCAAUUACAUGGAAAGACAGGGUGAUCAAAAUGGCCUGAGGAAAUGGAGGAAAAUCGACAUUGGAAUCCAUCAUUAUGCGAACAGCUAUGGAAAGCAAUUAAAGAUAGGAAAAUACCGGAGUCUAUGGAAAAAGAUACCAUAA